GUUGGAUACAGCAUAAAGACGCAAUUUCAGAAAGCGACCUUUCUUUUCUCUGAACCAAACAAUGCUUGGUUCUUCCUUCUUCUCUUACCUGUCCACCUAACCUUCUCUAUACCAACGGUUUCAUAUCUGACUCAGUGUUUGUUUCUGGUUUAUAGUUUCUUCGCAGUCCAGGUCUCCGAUCACUAACUUCUGAUCAUGAAUAGCCUCUGACUUUCGUCGUUGAUGUUCUCGAUCGUCGUUUCAAUCUCAAUUCUGUACUUUUUGGAAAGAGAUGUUAGGAAGCUCCUUAGCUUCCCCUUUGGCUACAUUGGGUCCUGCCAAAUGCUUUCGACACUCUGCAGGUGAUUCUGUAACAUGCACUAGUGUUCUACCAUUGAGCCUGAACUUGUCAUAUCAUGGCGUGGCUGGAGGAGUAAGGAGAUCUCGUGGUCCACGAAACAAGUGGAUAGUGGUCUGUUCACCAACGCAAGUGGAAACCUCUGGUGAUGAGCCGAAGACAUGGGAAGAAUGCAAAGAAGCUCUGUCUCGUUUUGAUUUCAGCGUAGAGGAGCAAGACAAGAUACUAGGAAAAGCGUUUGGUCAUAUCCACUCUCCUUACUGGACAGAAGAACGAGUGAAGGAGAAUCCAAAGGUGGAAGCUUUGAAUCAUGUGCUUGAGUUCCUUAGAAGUCUCGGUUUGUCAGACGAGGAUCUUCACAAAGUGCUGAAGAAGUUCCCGGAAGUGCUUGGUUGCAGCUUAGAAGAAGAGAUGAAACCCAACAUUGGGAUCUUGGAAAAUCAAUGGGGGAUUACCGGUAAGUCGCUGCGAAGUCUGUUGCUUCGGAACCCGAAAGUGUUGGGGUACAAUGUGGAUUGUAAAGGAGAUUGUAUUGCUCAGUGUACUCGGUGUUGGGUUCGGUUUUAGUCUUUCACUAGUUCGUUUCUUUGUUUGUAUCUAGUCUCUCCAUCUUAUGGUUUCGUUACAGCUACUGAAAUAAACAAACAUUAAUUGUUAAAGGACCAAUGUGGAUGCUUGUACUUAGAUGAAUCACAAAUUAAAUUUUUAUUUGAUUGAUUAGAAUGUUUAU